CAUUCCCAUAUACACUCACAUCCAUCAAAUUGAUUCACUACAACCACACGUCAUCAACCUUCUAAUUCUGUUGGAGCAAUGGCGUCUCUUGCAACCUUCACACCCACCACCACCACCAUCAAGGGCCUUGCUGGCAGUUCCAUUACCGGAACCAAGCUUAACCUGAGGCCUGCUCGUCAGAGUCUCAAACCCACUUCUUACAGAGCUGGAGCUGUGGUAGCUAAAUAUGGUGACAAAAGUGUGUACUUUGAUUUGGAGGAUUUGGGUAACACCACUGGUGAAUGGGAUGUGUAUGGUUCAGAUGCUCCUUCACCCUACAACCCCCUCCAGAGCAAGUUCUUUGAGACAUUCGCCGCACCCUUUACCAAGAGAGGAUUGCUACUCAAGUUCUUGAUAUUGGGAGGUGGUUCCACCCUUGCUUACUUCAGCUCCACCGCCACAGGAGACGUGUUGCCGAUCGUGAAGGGCCCACAACUUCCACCAAAGCUUGGUCCACGUGGCAAAAUCUAAUCUGAUCAUUCAUCAACAACCAACAGACAAUUUCAUAUGUGUUGAAUGUAUCAUUGAUGUGUAAAUCAAGUAUGAAUUCAUGUGUUAAUGAGUGUUUACCUGAUGCAUCUAUCUUCAAUGAAUCUUUAAGCGAGUUAAGCUUUAAACUUUGUGACGA